UUUGAGUUUACUUGAUUAUCCUCUGCUUGUAAGGUAGGCUGGCUUUAAGAUACUUUUAGCUUAAUUCUGUUAGAACUGUUUUUGUAAUCUUGGGCUUGUUGGGACUUGUUGAUUUGGGUAGCUGAUUCAGGUGUGGUUUCUGGCUAGUUAAGGUGUGAAUUAGAGAGGUGUGGCUAACAGCCUGCAGUUGUUGAUAAAUUAAGUGUGUUAUCCACGGUUUGUGCAAGGACUCUUUGACUCUUUGAUCAGCAAAUUUUAGUCUUUCAAUUUCAAAUCAAACAGUAAAACUUAAGAUUUGACAAUGUGCUUCCAAAUUCCUACUGUCAUCUCCUGCAACACCCGUAGACACCGGCAUCAGGGCAGAAACCGCAAUCCUAGCAACCUGUUGUACCCACCUAGUUCAUUAAGUUCUCAGGUGUUGGUGCAUGGGGGACUCUGGAAUUGCCAUUCUGCAGUUCUGAAGGCCGACUUCAUCACAGCUUUUGCCUCUGCUCAAUCUCUGGACUUCCUGGCUCUGACUGAGACUUGGAUCACUCCAGAAAACUCUGCAACUCCAGCUGCCCUGUCAUCUGCUUUUGCCUUCUCCCACUCUCCACGGCCAACCGGCAGGGGUGGUGGAACUGGCCUGCUUCUGUCUCGUAAGUGGUCCUUCACUGUACUCUCUUUUCUGCAUCUUGACAUCUCUUCUUUUGAAUUUCAUGCUGUCACUAUCUCUUUUCCUGUCAAACUCCAUAUCAUUGUUCUCUAUCGUCCUCCUGGCCCACUGGGCAACUUCAUUGAUGAACUGGACACUCUCCUGAGUGGGUUACUGGUUGAAUCCUCACUUAUCCUCCUUGGUGACUUCAACCUCCCCUCAGAGAAACUACAGUCAUCCUGUCUUCUUCCACUUCUGUCUUCUUUUUCUCUCUCCCUCAAUCUGUCUGCUCCAACUCACAGAGCAGGAAACACUCUAGACCUUGUCUUUAGCAGACCUGCUCCAGCUCUGGAUCUAACUGUGACUCCUCUAGAUUUCUCUGACCAUCACUUCCUAUCCUUCACUCUCUCUCUUCCUGCUCUUCCUACAAACACAACCUCUUCAACUUCCACUACUCAUCGCAAUCUUCGUGCUAUAUCUCCCUCCUCUCUUGCCUCAACUAUCUUGACCACUCUUCCGAAUCCUGACUCCUUCUCUUCCCUCCCUCUGGAAACAGCUACCAACACCUUCCUCUCAUCUGUCACCUCUUCCAUCAACACUCUCUCUCCUCUUACUUCAAGGCCAGCAAAAUCCUCUCCAGCCACCCCAUGGCUGUCGGAUGUUCUACGCAACAACCGUAGAGAGCUAAGGCUAGCUGAGAGGAAGUGGAAAAAAUCUCAACAAUACUCAGACCUCUGCUCUUACCAAUCUCUCCUAUCCCGAUUUUCAACAGAGGUUUCAUCCCGCAUCUCAGCAUGUCUCAAUGAUGUCUCGAUGUGGAUGAGUUCUCAUCACCUAAAACUCAACCCCAGCAAGACUGACCUUCUGUUCAUCCCAGGAACUACAAGCCCUCACAACAAUCUCUCCAUCUCUUUCGAGAACUCACUGGUCACUCCAUCGGCAGAAGCAAGAAGCCUCGGUGUAGUAAUGGAUGACCAGUUAUCGUUCUCGAGCCAUAUUGCAAAUCUGACUCGGUCAUGCAGAUUUCUCCUGUACAACAUCCGAAGAAUUCGACCGUUUCUGUCUCAGGAUGCCACUCAGGUGCUUGUGCAGUCUCUUGUCAUCUCAAGACUUGACUACUGCAACUCUCUACUGGCUGGUCUUCCACUGCGAGCCACCAAACCACUACAGUUAGUUCAGAACGCGGCAGCACGACUCGUCUUCAAUCUUCCGAAGUUCAGUCAUGUGACUCCUUUGCUGUGUUCCCUCCACUGGCUUCCUGUUGCCGCCCGCAUCCGAUUCAAAACCCUGACGCUGGCCUACAAGGCAAAAAACGGACCAGCACCUUCAUACCUGAUGGCGAUGGUCAAAGCCAGAUCUGCACCAAGAGCUCUUAGAGCUUCCAGUACGGCUCGGCUCGAACCUCUAUCACUCAAAACACACAGAAAACAGACAUCCAGACUCUUCUCUGUGCUGACACCAAGGUGGUGGAAUGAACUUCCACUGGAUGUCAGAACAGCAGAGUCACUCACGGUCUUCAAACGUCGACUGAAGACACAUCUUUUCAAAGAGUUCCUAAACUAAUAAUAAUAAAUAAAAAAAAAUAAAAAAAAAAUAAAAAAAAGGUUCCUAGGGUUCUUAACAUGAUUAAGCUCUAUGUAUCUCUUGAUCCUAGUCUACAAACUAGCUUUGGAUAUCUUAAGUAACUUUGAAGCACUGUUGUAAGUCGCUCUGGAUAAGGGCGUCUGCUAAAUACCAUAAAUGUAAAUGUAAA